AUGCGCGAGCUCAUCACAUUCGCCUGCGGUCAAGCGGGUAACCAGAUCAGCUCUGCUUUCUGGCAGUGCAUCCUCAACGAGCACGGUCUCGACGGCGAUGGCCGAUACAUCGGCAGCAAUGAAGACGAGCAGCUCGCCAAAGUAGGCGUCUUCUUCGAGCCCUCCGGCCAGGAGGGCAACUCGAUCCAGGUCGACCUUGAGCCCGGCACCAUGGACACGAUCCGCUCUGGCCCACUGGGCAAGCUGUUCCGACCGGACAACUACAUCAACGGCGAGUCUGGCGCGGGCAACAACUUCUCCAAGGGUUACUACACGGAGGGCGCCGAGCUGCUGGACCAGGUGCUCGACGUGGCGCGCAAGGAGGCCGAAAAGACCGACAUGCUGCAGGGCUUCCAGCUCGUGCACUCGCUCGGCGGCGGUACAGGUUCGGGUCUCGGCACCAACCUGCUGACGAAGCUGCGCGAAGAGUUCCCGGACCGCAUGCUGGCGACGUGGUCGGUUCUGCCGUCGCCCAAGGUGUCGGACACGGUGGUGGAGCCGUACAAUGCGACGCUGAGUUUCCACCAGCUGGUGGAGAACUCGGACAUGACGUUCUGCCUGGACAACGAGGCGCUGUACGACAUCUGCCAGCGCACGCUGCGCACCAAGAACCCGACGUACUCGGACCUCAACUCGAUCAUCUCUUUCGCGAUGAGCGGAUGCUCGACGACGCUGCGAUUCCCGGGUCAGCUCAACUCGGAUCUGCGCAAGAUGGGUGUGAACCUGGUGCCGUUCCCGCGACUGCACUUUUUCACCACGGGUUUUGCGCCGCUGGUGGCGCCGGGUAGCAAGGCGUACCAGUCGCUCAAGACGUCCGAGUUGAUUGCGCAGGGGUAUGAUCCCAAGAACAUUAUGGCUGCCAUCGACCCCCGUCACGGAAAGUACCUUACGGUUGCGGCAAUCUUCCGAGGCAACGUCAAUGCGCGCGAUGUUGAGAACGAGAUGUACAACCUGCGCGAGAAGAACCCCGCCGGGUUUGUCGAGUGGAUCCCCAACAAUGUGUUGACAUCGCUUUGCGAUAUUGCGCCGCCUCAGCUCAAGAUGUCGGCUACGUUUAUUGCCAACACUACGUCGAUCCAGGAGCUGUUUAAGCGCACGCACGAUCAGUUCAGUCUCAUGUUCCGUCGCAAGGCCUUCUUGCACUGGUACACCGGCGAGGGCAUGGACGAGAUGGAGUUUACAGAGGCCGAGUCCAACCUCAUGGACCUGAUCGCCGAAUACCAACAGUACGAAUCGGCAGGUGUGGACGAGGUAGACGAGGAGCUGUACGAACAAGAAUAUCAGGACGAGGUGGACGGUCAACAAGAAUAUGCCGACGACUCGGUCCAGUACGCCGACGAGCAAUGA